AAUCCUAUGUGGCAACUUGGUCCAACAUCCGAGGCCCCUCUUUCUCUCCAUGUUCCCGUGGCUGCCCUCUAUAUAAGCUCCCCAAUCCCCCCUUGCCCUUUACCCUUCACUAUCAAAUGCAGGCUGAACUCCUCCCAUUUCCCAAAUCCAAAACAACUGAGUUGAGUUCCAUUAAAAACAACAUUAAAAUCCACGAAUCUGAAAAUGGGUAUUUGUAGUUCUUGCGAGUCAACUCGUGUAGCGACAGCCAAGCUGAUUCUCCAAGAUGGAAGGUUACAAGAGUUUCCCUACCCUGUCAAGGUUUCUUACGUUUUACAAAGGAACCCCAUGUGUUUUAUCUGCAACUCCGAUGAAAUGGACUUCGGCGAUGUCGCAUCAGCUAUCCAGGAAGACGAGGAGCUUCAACCUGGUCAACUUUACUUUGCUUUGCCAUUGAGUUGGCUUAAACAUCCUUUACAGGCUGAAGAAAUGGCUGCAUUGGCUGUCAAAGCUAGCUCUGCUUUAAUGAAAAGUAGUGGGGGUGAAAAAUGUAGGAGCAGAAGUAAAACUGUUACUCCUUGUGUGUUUUCAGAGGAGCCUCGUAGCCGGAAAGUUUCCUCCGUCGGCGGUGUUCGUGGGAACGGUGGUGAGAAGAGAGGGAGAGGAGGGAGAGGGAGGAGAAAGUUUAAGGCUAUGUUGAGGGCUAUUCCUGAAUAGGGAGGACUGGUAUAUUUGUAAAUAUGUAAUGAUGUUGAGGACUUGUUAGUCAAAUCAUUGGCAGAAAUGGAAGGAGGUUGACCGUCACGCUUGAUUUGAUUAGCUUAAAGUU